CAAUAUUCUUCUAUAAACUUUAAUCAGCCUUCACUAUCUCCCAACUCAGUUGAAAAGACAAUAACUGAAAAUUUUUGUGCAAAACAUGAAAUAAUACAAAGGAGUAAAAGCCCUACUCCUUUACGUAGCUUAAAUCGAAUUCCACAAAAACUCGAAACUCAGCAUACAAAACCAAGCCAUACAAUAACUCUUGGAGACAAUUCUGUACUUUCUUUAGUAUGCAAUUAUAAAUAUCUAUUUAGUGGCUCUCAGGAUCCUUAUAUUCGAGUAUGGGAUCUACUUACUUUCCAGCAGAUAAAGACAUUGAGCGGACACACGGGUGGCAUAUUAUGCUUGAGUCUAUCGGAAGAUUAUACUAUGUUAUUUAGUUCUUCCG